CCAUGGAAGAGCUGCUCCACAUGCAACAUUUAAGUCCCCGCCUUUCAAAUAUGUACUGUGGAUAUUUUUCUCAUGUAGAAUCUUGUUAUCUUAACGUCUAUCAGUAUCGUUUUGCUUCGGGACUCAUUCUGUGAAGUCUGCCGGCUGCCGCCUCCACUUUAGUUGUUGUGUGUGAUUGUUGUUAUUGUUCCGCGUUUUGUUACGUCUGUCUGUCUACUGAAUUUUUGAGGUCGGCGCGAUGGCAGAUGAAUCUCUCUACGAAUUUUUGCACUCAGAAAUUGUAGGAUAUGUCACUGAAAAAUCAGCUCGAGAGAACAAGAAAGAUGACCUUUCUUCCUUGGAGUACAUGGGGUUUUCAUCUGGAUUCAGGAUUAUUGAAAGACUGACAAAAGAACGUCCACGGUUCAACGACGAGUUAGAUACUGUCAAAUUCAUUUGCACAGACCUGUGGUCCACUAUUUACAAGAAACAAAUUGACAAUUUGAGGACCAAUCACCAAGGAAUUUAUGUCUUACAUGAUUGUGCUUUUCGAUUUCUAUCAAAAUUAUCAUCUGGACGUCAAUACCUAGAAUCAGCACCAAAGUAUGUUGCUUUCACCUGUGGGCUGAUAAGAGGAGCCCUGGCAAAUCUGGGUAUUAAAUGCUUAGUCACUGCGGAAGUUCAGAAUAUGCCUGGCUGCAAAUUCCAUAUUCAUGUUCAGAGGUCAUAAAAUUUGCAGUUGAAGACUUUUUCUUAUAAAUGAUUUAUUUUAAAUGAUCAUUAUUUGUUAUUGAGUCAUUUUAAUUACCUUUGCAUCAAUUAUGGCAUACAUCUUUUCCUGAGUUUGUGCCAUGUUUCUAUUGCAAUUUUUCUCAUCUUACUUUCUGAAUUGUAUUUUCUCUACUUUUUCCACUAGUACUAUUUGAACUGACUUAAGUGUUUGUUAGCCUUUAUGUGUAUAAAAAAUGGUGAGAAUGUAUGUGUCAGUAGUGUGUUUGAUUGUUAAGUUUGUAUAGUGUUAAGGAGCAUGAACUUUUUGUUCUGCUUUUCUCACUGAAGUCUUUCUAACUUGGUAAGAGCAUUGUGUCAGCGACUCAAUGGCAUAUUAGAAAUGUACAGGACUUUUGCUCAGUCAUGAAAUAUACAGAAAACGUUGAUCAGAA